AUGAUGAGCACAGAGUAUAUUCAAUGUAAAAUAUCUAGGGCCAGCAUUGAGCCACAUGUCUACAGCAGGGUAGCAGCAAAGGCUGCCUCCAGCAGGAUGUCGUCGGCUCCACCUGGGAGCGCCGAGGACCUUCGGAAGCGGAGCCUCGGUGAGCUUCGGGAGAUGCUGGGGCGCCAGGAGAAGCUGCUGCGGAACGAAAAAUUCGUUCGCAGUUUGCCAGAUGGAGGAAAAAAGAUCUCUGACUUUGUUGAGAGAGUGAAAUCAAUCAUUGCAGAACAUGAAGAACUCAAAAGAACUAACAGAUUGGACUUUGAUUUAAAGCAAACUGUAGCACAUGAAAUAUUUAAUUUAGGUGUGGGUAAACCAUGGACUCCUGAACAGAGAAGGGAAACUUCAUCGGUUCUUGACUCUUCCCUUGUAUUUAUAAGUGAGCCAUCUCAGACUGCCUCAAGAAACCAGGAAAUUGAAUCUACCAUGGAAACAUCUGUUCCCAUAAGCCAUGAUGAAGCUGGAAAGUCAGAAGGUGACAUAAAGUGCAACAAAAAGUGGAUGAGUUACAACAAUACUGUUGUAGCAAUGCCAUCAGAAUCAAAUGAACAGUCCCAUCAGUUUGGCUUUCUAAAUCAUGCAGGAGAUGUUUCAGGGAAUACUGAUGACAUGUUUAUUGAUAGUUUACAAAGGAUCACAAUUAAUGAUGAUGAAAACCAGUCAGAAGAUUCAAACAUGGAUCACUUAGGUAGUUAUCCCAGUAACAUACCCAAAAGACCUCAUUACAUGGAAGUGCUGGAAAUGAGAGCAAAGAAUCCAGUCCCUCCCCACAAUAAAUUUAGAACUAACAUGCUACCUUCAGAGCCCCAGUCCUCACCUAGUCACUCUCCACAGAGAAGAGAGUCUCCAAUUUCAGUGGAAGAAAGGAGGCGUAGGGAUAAGAAGCACCUGGAUGACAUCACAGCAGCUCGGUUGCCACCACUUUACCACAUGCCUACACAGUUGCUAUCUAUGGAAGAAUCUUUGGCAAUUCAAAAGCAACAAAAGCAGAAUUAUGAGGAAAUUCAAGCUAAGCUUGCUGCACAAAAACUGGCUGAAAGACUAAAUAUUAAAAUGCAGAGCUAUAAUCCUGAAGGUGACGCAUCAAUGAAAUACAGAGAAGUGAGAGAUGAAGAUGAUUAUCAUUCUUCUGAGGAUUAAUUCUGAAGCAGGAUGAUUGAGGAUCCACCUAAAUUCCUACCUUCUGAAGUUUUACUACAUUAUAUUAGACUACUAGGCUCUGAAAGAUGUUUUAUUUUUGAGUUAUUUAGACCAGCAGUCAAAAGUAAAAAUUUACAGUGUGCAGAAGAGUGCUCAGUCUGACUGAGAUUUUAUGGUGUACUUGCCAUUCAGAAAAUUGAAGAGAUUUCUAUUAAGGAUCUGAUAAAUCUGUUUUC